AUGCAAAUAUUCCUUGCCCCCACGAUCUUCUCCUUUCUAUAAAAGCUCUUCGCCGUCUUCCUCUCCUCACACGCAUCGAUCAAACACCGACGCCAUCUUCAUUAAAUCAAAUCAUUUCAAUCUUGUUGUUUAUCGAUCCAUCGUUACUAUUGUGAAGUUUAAACCAUGCCAGAGGCAGGGAAGAUCACGCCGCCGGAGGCGCACCUAAAGGCGCUCGAAUUCAUCGAGCACGUCACGGCGAAUGCUGACGUCGUCCAACGGCGUGUGCUGGGCGAAAUACUUGGGCAGAACGCCGCCGCCGAGUACCUCCGCCGGCAUGGCCUCUCCGGCCGCGCUGGGGCCGACCCCGACGCGUUCAAGCGUCUCAUCCCUGUCGUCACCUACGAAGACCUGCAGCCGGACAUCCUUCGCGUCGCCCACGGCGACACCUCCCCCAUCUUUUCCGGCCGCCCCAUCUCAGAGUUCCUCACGAGCUCGGGGACCUCGGGAGGGGAGCGGAAGCUGAUGCCGACGAUCGAGGAGGAGCUCGACCGGCGAAGUCUGUUGUACAGUUUGCUAAUGCCAGUGAUGGGGCAGUUCGUGCCGGGGGUGGACGGAAGGAAGGGGAUGUACCUGCUGUUCGUGAAGGCAGAGACACAGACGCCCGGCGGUCUCGUGGCCCGCCCAGUGCUCACCAGCUACUACAACAGUCGCCACUUCCUCGACCGGCCACGCGACGAUCCCUUCAACUCCUACACCAGCCCCAACGAGGCGGUGCUCUGCCCGGACCCCUACCAGAGCAUGUACUCCCAGCUGCUCUGCGGCCUCGUCCAGCGCGACGAGGUGGUCCGAGUCGGCGCUGUCUUCGCCUCCGGAUUCAUCCGCGCCCUCCGCUUCCUCGAGAAGCACUGGAGGAGCUUGUGCCGCGACAUCCGCGACGGCGAGCUCGACCCGGCUCACGUCACCGACGGCGGCGUGCGCGAAGCAGUCUCGCGCGUGCUGUGCCGUCCUGACCCAGACCUCGCGUUGCGGAUCGAGGCCGAGUGUCAGCAGAGCUCGUGGAAGGGCAUCAUCCCGCGGCUCUGGCCUGGGACCAAGUAUGUCGACGUCAUCGUGACGGGCGCCAUGGCGCAGUACAUCCCCACCCUCGAAUUCUACAGCGGCGGCCUCCCUCUGGUCUCCGCCAUGUACGCCUCCUCCGAGUGCUACUUCGGCAUCAAUCUCAACCCCCUUUGCGACCCCAGCGACGUCGCCUACACGCUCAUCCCCACCAUGGCCUACUUCGAGUUCCUCGACCUCCAACACAGCAGCAACGACAAAGCCGAUGUCGAUGACCUCGUAGACCUCGUCGACGUCAAACUCGGCCACGAGUACGAGCUCGUCGUCACCACCUAUCCCGGGCUGUAUAGGUACAGAAUCGGCGACGUGCUGCGGGUGUCGGGAUUCAAGAACAAGGCGCCGCAGUUCAAAUUCGUGCGGCGGAAGAACGUAGUUCUGAGCCUCGAUGCAGAGAAGACGGACGAGGUGGAGCUGCAGGGGGCGGUGGGCGCGGCUGCUCGGAACCUCGAGCAGUUCGGCGCGGCGUUGGCGGACUACACGAGCUACGCUGAGACGGGCGGGAGCUCGGGUCCGGGGCACUACGUCCUGUACUGGGAGCUGCUGGGCGGGGAUCGAGAUCGGUCGCCGGUGCUCGCGGCGGCGAUGGAGGACUGCUGCAUGGCGGUGGAGGAGGCGCUGAACAGCGUGUACCGGCAGGGCCGGGCGUGCGACCAGUCGAUCGGGCCGCUGGAGAUCCGCGAGGUGGAGAAGGGGACGUUCGACAAGCUGAUGGACUACGCGCUGAGCCAAGGCGCGUCCUUCAACCAGUACAAGGCGCCGCGGUGCGUGCAGGCGGGGCCGCUGGUGGAGCUGCUCGACGCGAGGGUCAAGGCCUCUUACUUCAGCCCCAACUGCCCCAACUGGAGGCCCGGCCACAAGCAAUGGACCAACAACCACGACGAAGACCACAACCCCGUCUAACUGCUCGCAACUCGUUUGUUCUAAUGCUAAAUUGUACAGUUGAAUAAUGGAUUUUUCUCUCUUGUUUAAAUCUUACAUUAUUAUUAUUAUUAUUAUUAUUAUUAUUAUUAUUAUUAUUA